AUGACUCGUCUCAUUUUCGCUCUUUUGGCUGCGGCUCUGCUCCGCGAGGGUGUCGCCGCCCCCGCCCCGGCUGCCGUCACCGGUCUUGACCUACCCACGCCCCCGAUCCCCUCUGGAAUUCCGACUCUCCCUACUGUUCCCUCUGGAAAGCCCACAGGAUCCAAGCCAACUGGCAAACCUUCGCACACGGGCAAGCCGACGGGCAAGGGCAAGGGCACCGGAAAGCCCACUGGAAAGGGACCCAAGCCAACCGGUGCCGCGAUUGAGGAGCGUCAGCUGCUCCCUACGAGUCUCCCAGGCCUCCCUACUGGAGGCUUUCCAUUCCCUACUGGCAAGCCCACUGGCAGUUUCCCAGUCCCAACUGGCAAGACAUGGCUGACAAGGAUGUUUCCGAAGGGCAAGGGUGGCGGCAAGCCUACCGGCUCUUUCCCCAUCCCUACCGUGAAGCCCACUGGUGGCUUCUUGCCUCCGAGAAACUAG